AUGUUGCAGCAGUUUUUUGCUGGAGCUGUCUUUGCAGCAUCUGCUUCCGCAAGGGCUUUAAUACCCCGACAAGCGACGACUGUAUGCCCAGGAUACUCCGCCAGCAAUGUACAGACACACGACUCCGGAUUGACGGCAUCUUUGUCACUGGCUGGAUCAGCGUGCAAUUCCUAUGGAAAGGACAUUGAGCAUUUGAAGUUGCUGGUGAACUACGACUCGACAAAUCGUUUGCACGUCAAAAUUGAAGACGACCCUUCCGUCGCCUACCAAGUGCCAACUUCCGUCUUUCCAACUCCACAUGCCUCUUCCUCAGUCCCUGCAGACGAGUCUGCACUUCAAUUUGACUGGACAGACACUCCAUUCACAUUCUCCGUCAAGAGACGCAGCAAUGGCGAAGUCUUAUUCGACUCCUCGGCAGCACCUCUAAUCUUCCAAGAUCAAUAUCUCCGUCUGCGGACCAGUCUUCCUGCGAAUCCCAAUCUAUAUGGACUUGGCGAGCACUCGGACAACUUCCGGCUCGAUACCACCAAUAACACGCGCACUCUCUGGAGCCGAGAUUCCUACGGCAUUCCAGCAGGCACAAAUCUGUACGGAAACCACCCAGUAUACUUUGAUCACCGUGGCGCAGACGGAACGCAUGGAGUCUUCCUGCUGUCCAGCUCUGGCAUGGACGUAAAAAUUGACGUGACCGAGACCGGCGAGCAAUUCCUUGAGUACAACCUCAUGUCUGGCAUUCUAGACCUGUAUUUUGUAGCAGGUCCAUCCCCGAUAGAAGUGAGCAAGCAGUACGCGGAGAUAUCCGGGUUUUCAGCAAUGAUGCCCUACUGGGGAUUCGGCUUCCACCAAUGCCGUUAUGGCUACAGAGACUUCUAUGCCAUCGCAGAAGUGAUCGCCAACUACUCCACUGCUAACAUCCCUCUCGAAACGAUGUGGACGGACAUCGACUACAUGUACGAGCGCUACAUCAUGACUACAGACCCCGAUCGUUUCUCACUCCCGAGAGUACGAGACAUUGUCAACUACCUUCACGAGCACGACCAGCAUUACAUUGUCAUGGUGGAUCCAGCAGUGGCGUAUCAGGAGAAGAAAUAUGACGAUCUGCCUUACGAGACAUUCUUGACUGGCCAAGACAACGGCUACUUUUUACAGAAGGAUGGAACUACUUACAAGGGUGUAGUCUGGCCUGGUGUCACCGCUUUCCCUGAUUGGUUUCAUCCAGACGUCCAAGAAUACUGGGACAAGGAAUUCAUCAACUUCUUCAGCGCCGAGACUGGUGUGGACAUUGACGCACUCUGGAUUGACAUGAACGAAGCUGCCAACUUCAAUUAUUUUGGAGACAACCCAGAGGAGACUCAGGAGGAAAGGGGCUUCCCGCCUACUCGACCAGCUUUGCGGUCUCAGCCGAGACCUAUUCCAGGUUUCGGCCCCGAGUUUCAGCCUGGUGCGCAGCCAUACCCACCUGAUGAUUAUGCCUACGCUCCACCAUGGCUAGCUCCAGACAGUAACCCGGGCGAGAACAAAGUAAAGCGAUCCGCCAAGACUCCAGCUGCCACUCCGAAGCGACAGGCGACAACUUCACCUAGUGGAGCCAACGUGAUCGGAUACCCCAAUCGCAAUUAUCUUUCCCCUCCUUACCAGAUCGACAACGAGAACACAUACGAGGACUACGGGGGUCCUUCAAAUUUCACACUUGACACGGAUAUUGUCCAUUACGAUGGCCAUGUCGAGCUCGACGUGCACAAUCUUUAUGGUACCAUGAUGAGUGAAGCAUCGCGUCACGCAAUGCUGGCUCGUCGACCGGAGCGGCGUCCUUUGGUCAUCACUCGUUCCACAUUCGCUGGCGCUGGCCGCAGUGUUGGCAAGUGGCUUGGAGACAAUCUCUCCACAUGGGAGCUGUACCGGAACUCCAUCCAGGGAAUGCUGAACUUCGCAAGCAUUUUCCAGGUGCCGAUGGUUGGGAGUGAUAUCUGUGGCUUUGGCGCAAACACGACCGAGACCUUGUGUGCUCGCUGGGCUACACUUGGCGCUUUCUAUCCUUUCAUGCGCAAUCACAAUGGCGACACUUCGAUCCCGCAGGAGUUCUAUCUCUGGGAGACCGUCGCAGAAGCCGCUCGCGGUGCUCUUGACAUUCGAUACCGAUUGCUAGACUACAUCUACACUGCCAUGCACAAACAGUCACAGGACGGAUCCCCAUUACUCAAUCCACUCUUCUAUCUUUACCCAGAGGACAAGAACACAUUCGGAGUCGAGCUCCAAUUCUUCUACGGCGAUUCCCUGCUGGUGUCUCCCGUGACCGAAGAGAACAAAACGAGCGUGACCAUAUACCUGCCCGAAGACCGUUUCUACAACUGGGGAACCUGGGACACCGUGGAAGGUACAGGGGCCAACAUCACGUUGGAAAAUAUUGGCUUCACUGAAAUUCCACUCAUGGUCAAGGGUGGCUCAUGUAUCCCGGUGAGGAAGUCAUCCGGAUACACCACCACAGAGACCCGCAAACAGCCAUUCGACAUCAUCGUGGCACCUGGCAAAGACGGCAAAGCUAGCGGUUCGCUUUACCUCGAUGACGGCGACAGCGUGGAGCAAACUGCAACUUCGGAAAUCACGUUCACCUAUGAGAACGGUGUGCUGGAUAUUGGCGGCACGUUCGGGUACACGGCUGAGGAUAAUCGUAUAGCCUCGGUCACUGUGUUAGCCGUCCAAGCGAAAGGCGGGCGACCUUCGUGGAGGAGGCGAGGUCAAGGCUGGAAGGAAUGUCGUCAGAAUAACUGGUCUCACGACGGCGAGCGCGGUGUGACGACGGUUGAUAUCAAUCAGCCUCUUGAUGGAGAGCUUUCUGUGAGCCUAUAGCGAUUGACUAGAUCAUGAACUUUUAUGUGAAGUAACCGAAUUGCACACUC